AUGGCACAGGCAGGCACUCAGAAACCCCAGAUUCAGCCUUGCAGGUACAAGACAGGAAAAACACUCGGCGCAGGUUCCUACUCGGUGGUGAAGGAAUGUGUACACAUCGACACGGGCAGAUAUUAUGCUGCUAAAGUCAUCAACAAGCGCCUUAUGGCUGGUCGAGAGCAUAUGGUUCGCAAUGAGAUCGCUGUUCUCAAAAGGGUCUCUGUUGGACAUCGCAACAUUCUGACUCUGGUCGAUUACUUUGAGACCAUGAACAACCUAUAUCUUGUCACCGACCUUGCUCUCGGAGGAGAGCUCUUCGAUCGUAUCUGUCGGAAAGGCUCAUAUUACGAGUCCGAUGCGGCCGACCUGAUUCGAGCGACACUAUCGGCGGUUGCUUACCUGCACGAUCAUGGCAUUGUCCAUCGAGAUUUGAAGCCCGAGAACUUACUUUUCCGCACACCGGAAGAUAACGCAGAUCUACUCAUCGCUGAUUUUGGGCUUUCAAGAAUCAUGGACGAGGAACAGUUUCAUGUCCUGACUACCACUUGUGGUACCCCUGGUUACAUGGCACCAGAAAUUUUCAAGAAGUCUGGCCAUGGAAAGCCAGUUGACAUCUGGGCUAUCGGUGUGAUCACAUAUUUCCUUCUUUGCGGAUACACCCCUUUCGAUCGAGAUUCCAACCUAGAAGAAAUGCAGGCCAUCUUAGCGGCCGAUUACUCGUUCACCCCGGUUGAGUAUUGGCGUAACGUAUCAGAGCCAGCACGAGACUUCAUUAAGCGAUGCUUGACGGUCGACCCGCGAGCACGUAUGACAUCGCACCAAGCCCUCCAGCAUCCAUGGAUAAGAUCCAACGACCCCACCAGCCCAGUCAAAGUGGGCGAAGGCCAAGAUCUCCUCCCUACGGUCAAGAAGAAUUUCAACGCCAGAAGAACCCUACACAAAGCCAUCGACACAGUACGAGCGAUCAACAAAUUGCGCGAAGGCGGAGGACUGAUGGCCGCGGGCCACGACGGUGCAAUGAGUCUGGAUCCCAAGCCGAAGCCGGAGAUGGUCAACGGCAGUAAAGUCCUCAACGACCAGGGCCAACAGAUCCAAGGAGAAGAAGCUCUCGGCGGCCAUGGACCUGCAGAGGGCGCACAGCCACCAAGCUCUGAUGUCGAUGCCAUGGAAAUCGACUCUCGAGGGAAUGCCCGAGGUCAGACUGACGACCAGAUCCGACUGCAGCAACAGCGCAUCAAUGACACGAUGAGCAACAUAUGGGACAAGAAGCAUUGA